AUGACCACUGCUACCAAGACUGCACCCGAUGCCACUAUUGCUGCUGCAGAUAACCCAGUCACUGAUAAUAGUGAACAAACGCCAGCCGAUGUAGAUCCUUCCGCUGAUCCGCCUUCCGCUGACCUGCCUUCCGCUGAUGCGCCGUCUGAUGUGCCACCCGCUGACGCACCUGCCGAUACACCUUCCGUUGAUGUGCCUUCCGCUGACGAGCCUUCCGCUGACCCGCCUUCCGCUGACGCGCGUCCCCCGAACGCUGCCGCAGAAGCUGCUCCAACCGCAGAAAUUGCCGUAACUGCCUCCCCCGCCGCGCCGCCAGCGAACGCCAGUACGUCAGCAACCUCCGAGAUUACCCCAGAGCCUCUGGCUGAGACACCCGUUGCUGCCCCUGACACGGCGCCUGCCGCUGAAGCCAUUGAACCCCCCAAAUUGCGCAAGGUUUUGAUUCCUUUAGACGACACGUCAGCAAGCCACGAGGUGCUGACGUGGGCGCUGGAUCGGUUUCUGGAGCCGACGCGAGACUACGUGUUUCUGCUGCAUGUGCUCUCGCCUUUCAUGCCUGGGGUUGGCGGCCCCGCAUCCGUGUCCGGCGGGGCGAUUUCGCCAUUUCCCUCCAUGAUUACUCUACCAGGCCUGCAUGUCAGCAGUGAUGACUUGGCGCAAGCAGCAAAAGCACGGAAAGACGAGGCGCACGUGAAGCUGCAGGGAGUGGCCAGGGAGCUGGCAGAGCGCGGACUGGCGUGUGAAGGCCACGUGGAACUUGGGGAUGCUCGCCACGUCAUCUGCGAUGUGGCAGGACACUUCCACGUGGAUGCUGUGGUGAUGGGCAGCAGGGCUAGAGGAGCCAUGAAGAGGAUGAUGCUUGGCAGUGUGAGCGACUACUGUGCACAUCAUUCCCCAGCACCAGUUCUUGUGGGUAGCGGUAGGAGUUCCAGCAAUGCGCAGGAUGCACAAGAGGCUGUUGGUGCAUAG